GGGAGGUCCAGGCUCUGCCCGGAGGAGGAGGAGGAGGAGGAAACGGGAGCCUCGUCUCUCCGCUGCGCAAGGAGCUCCGGAGCGGCCGGCAGACGCGCCUUGGGGGCUCCGGACGCGGAGCAGAGAUCGCAGGAGCAGCAGCAGCAGCAGCCCCGGGCUCUGCUGAGCAGAGCAUGGAGGAUUCUCCGGCCAGGAGCGCCAGUCCAUCUGGCCUCACCUACGCCGUGGCUGCUUCCCAGGUGGUGGGCCUGGCUGUGAUCACCCUGACGGGGGCCUGGAUGGGCCAAUACCGAGGCGGCAUUGCCUGGGAUGGAUCCAAGCUGCAGUUCAAUGCCCACCCCCUGUGCAUGGUCAUUGGGAUGGUCUUCCUCCAAGGAGACGCCCUCCUGGUAUAUCGGGUCUUCCGGCAUGAGAGCAAGCGCUCUACCAAAAUCCUCCACGGGCUGCUCCACGCCCUGGCACUGGUCAUUGCACUGGUUGGUCUGAUCGCCGUGUUCCAAUUCCACAAGAAGCAGAGCAUCCCGGACAUGUACAGCCUGCACAGCUGGUGCGGCAUCCUGGCCUUUGGCUUCUACUUUGUGCAGUGGCUGCUGGGCUGGAGCUUCUUCCUCUUCCCUGGAGCCUCCUUUUCGCUGCGCAGCAGAUACAAACCACAGCAUGUCUUCUUUGGGGCUGCCCUCCUCAUCCUUUCCGUCGCCACUGCCCUGCUGGGGGUCCUGGAGGUGCUGCUCUUCAACAUCAAGGAGACCUACAGCUCCUUUGCCCCGGAGGGAGUCCUUGCCAACACCUUGGGCCUCCUGCUGGUGGCUUUUGGGGCCAUUGUGGGCUACAUCUUGACACGGGAGGAGUGGCAAAGGCCCCCCUUGGCUGAGGAGAUGGCCCUGUCCAUGGAUUUCAAGACCCUCACAGAAGAGGGCAGCCCAACAUGCCCCCAAUGAUGCCUGCCAUCGCCGCCUGCCUGUGUCUCCAUGUGGUGUCUCUCACUUGUCGUGCAACAUGGUGGCUGCCACCUUUCCUGCUGGGCCACGUGUCAGCAAGCCCUCUCCAGAGGACUCUUUGCUAUCCCUUUUCCUUCAGUGGCCAUUGCAAGGGUCUCGUUCAGAGCAGGGGUCUCCUGCCCCUGCUCUGCUCACAGGGGGUCAGUGCCUUGGUCACUCCUGUGAUCUGGGGUGUUGUGCCACAUUCCCUGUGAAGAAGGGAUUUAACAGGGACUUCCAGUUUCUGCUCUGGAAGCGGCUCCUCUCUUCCUCCUUUGUGUUCAUUAAUGGCGGCAGGACAAGGAGUCCCCUGGGGCCAUUCCCAGAAGGGGGGCUGACAGCACUCACAAAAAGGGUUCAGGGGUGUUGGGAGGGCAGCUGCAGAUUCUGUGCAGCUGGAGGCUGUGACUUCUUGCAGAGCUGCAUCAGUAAAAAACAAAAUUCUGAAGGCUUUAGACAUACACACCUUCCUUCAAUUAAUUGUCCAAAAGAUUUAAGUAAGCAUGAAUAUUUGUAGAGUUUCUCCUGUUUACACAGUGAUUAUCAGGCAUAACAACUGGGAGGCUGAGGCAAGAAUGUUGCUUGUGCAAUUCUGUCUCCUCUUUCUCUACCAGCAGAUAUUUGAUUGAAAUGUUUGUUUUUUCCAACUCCAGAAAGCCCUAAAGUUGACAGUCUCUCACUUAUCCUGUUUUCUGGGGUUUGGAUUCAGGCAUUUCCUCUGAUGCAAACUGCUCUGGGAGAUCUCUGUGGGACCUGGAUGUUUAAUCUCUCCUAAUGGCUCAACUAUAUAAAAAAGAUUAUACAAUACUGCAGGUUUGCAAAAUCUUUGUAAGAAAAAGGUGGGACAUUAUCCUAUGGAAGUAUUUGAAUUGAAUGCAUCAGGUGUAAUAGGGGGUUGUGUAAGAAUUACUUAGCUAAGGAUGAGGAACACUAUGAGUACUCAAUAGGCACUAUGACAAUACUGAUCUUAAGUGUGAAAUUAUUUAUUUUCCUGGGGACUCCUUGCCUUAAUACAAAUACACUCUCUUGUGUACUGACCAGUAUAUAUUGUGUUUGGUGGUUGAGAUGAACUUCAAUAAAUAUUUGCAGCAAGUU